AUGGAAAGUUUUUUAAAUAAAUGUUUACAUAUUGAUACAUUAAGUUGCAGUGUAGACGAUGAUGAAACAAUUUUUCAAAUGUGUAAUUCGGCAGUGUGUUUAAAAAAAGGGAGUAAAAAUGAAGGAAAUUGUGUAAAAUGGGGUGAAUCAGGUGUAAUGGAAAAAAGCUUUUUGUGUGAUUUUGAUAAAUAUGUAAAAAAUAGUUGUAUGAAAAUAAUAGAAGAUGAUUGUGAAACAAAGAAAAAAAAUGAAUAUAUAAAUUUGAAUGAAUAUUGUGAAAAUUCUUUUAAUAAAUUAUUUAAUAUAGAAUACGUAGACUUGCCUUUAAUAUUUUAUAAAACAAUAUAUGCUAAUUUUUUUAGUUCUUUUAAUAUAUUGGAAAAUAAACAAACGGAAAAAUUGAUAGAAGAUUAUAUACAUAUGAUGAACAUAUUUUAUAAAAUAGCAAAAAAACAAAAAUAUAUUUUAUUGCACAAAGCUAAUAGCGCUCCUAAUGAAAAAAAAUAUAUUAAUGGUAAUUAUAAAAAUGGCGAUGCAUUAUUGUAUAGUGAUCAUAUUAUAGCAAUAGCUGAUGGGGUUUCGUCUAUAAAAAAUAGCGGAAUUAAUGUUAGCAAUUUUUCUAAUGACCUUUUAAAAAAAUGUCUAAAUUUAUAUUUUUAUCAAAAUAUAUAUAAUGGAUUAUUUGAAGAGCAAAACAAAGAGAUAUUUAAAAAGUAUAAUAUGACAUAUAAUUCUGAUCAAAUAUUAAAACCUAUUAUAUGUCGAAGUGCUUGUUCUUCUAAUUUUUUUGGAGCAUCGACACUAUUAUUUUCAUCUUUAAACAAAGAUAAGUUACAUAUUUGUAGUAUUGGAGAUUGCCAAAUGUUAAUUGUUAGGCUAAAAAAAGAUUUUGUAAAUAAUACAAUUUUUGAAAAAAUAAAAAUAAGAGUUACAGAAUCGGAGCAUUUGGAAAAUAGUGAAGAAUAUGAAAUAGAUAGUGAUAAAAGUGACGAAAAUGAAAAUAAAAAUGAGACAAAGGAAAACGGAUUAAUGAGAAAUAAAAUUUUUGAAAAAUGUGAAAUACCUGUAGUUGAUGAAAAUGUUGCAUAUUCUGAUCAUCUAUACGAAGAUAUUUCUCAAAAAAAUAAUUUUCUAAUAAACGAAAAGUUAUCUCAAAAAUCUUCAAAAUAUGAAUGUGAAAAUAUAUAUCUAAAUUCUUUGGAGAAUAUAAAAUCAGGUUUAAUGAAUAUAUAUUCGAAUAACAAAAAAUUGAUAGAAAGCGAUCUUUUUAAUGGGUUGUAUGACAAAAAAAAAUUUGAAAAAAAAAAAAAAAAUGAAGAUAUUAUUUUAUAUAUUGAAGAAGAAUUUGAUGAAUGUAUGCUCCAAUAUUUUGAUGAAAUUUUAUCUGAUAAUAAUUAUAAAAUAGGAGAUUUAUCAUUUACAAUAAAAGACAAAGAAUUAGAUGCUUAUUCAAAUAUAAGAUCAAACACAUUAAUUUCUCAAUACAUUUCAACUAAAACAGAAAGUGAAAUAUCUUAUGAUAAUGAUGAUAAAACAAUUUUAGCUAAAAAUACAUUAGAUGAUACUGGGUAUAAAAAUUUAAUGAAAAUUUUUACUUUGGAUAGAACUGACAUUUUAAACAAUAACCAGAAAUAUGAAGAAGUGGAUAUUUUUCAAUAUGAAGAUAUGAUGAAUGACCAACAAAUCAAGAAAAAAGAAAAUAAUGUACAAAGAAAUGAAAUAGAGUACAAUGAUAAUAAUGUGGUUUCUAAAAAUAUUUUAAAAGAAUCAAAAAAUAAGAAAAAUUAUAACUUUAAUAAUUACCGAUUUAGAUAUAAUAAAGAAAAUAUUUGUGAAUUUGAUAUAAUUUAUAAAUCUAAAAUCCAACAACAUUAUUUUAAUUGCCCAUACCAGAUUACGUUUAUGCCAUCAAAUAUAAAAAAGGGUUUAAAUAGUAAUACAAAUAGUAUGGCAUUAAAAGUAGAUUUAAAAAUGAAUAAAUAUAGUGAUAUUAUUGCAAAAUGUUUAAGAUAUUCUGAUUAUUCUAUUGUUGAUAUAAAAACCAACGAUAUAAUUAUAAGUGGAAGUGAUGGUUUAUUUGACAAUUUAUAUGAUGAUGAUAUAAUAAAAGUUCUUUAUAAUAAUUUUUAUAUAAUAAAUUUUAAUAAUUUUAUAAAAUUAAAACAUUUCAUAAACUUUUAUGAAGAAUAUAAAAAAACAAUCAAUAAUAUUAAUAAAUUAAUAUUAAAUAAUAUAAAAAACAGUACCAAGACAAAUAAAAUUUCAUCACAACCAAUAUACAAUUCUUUUUAUAAAUAUGAAAGAUAUGAUGAACAUAAUUGUAAUAGCAAAAUAAAAUUUGAUGAAAAAUAUAUUCCUAACCUAAAUAAUACUCAAAUAUCAGACGAUAAUAAUCGUUUUGAUAUAAUACAUUGUAAACAAACGAAAGGAAACGAAUAUUAUACUAUAAACAGCAAUUCUAAUGAUAAAGAAUAUGAACAUUCUUUAAAAGAUUGUAUAAGUAAAAGAGAAUCGAAUAAUAGUAUUAACAACAAUAAUAAUAAUAUGAAUAAUAUAAUAAAAUAUAGUAAGAAUAAAUUUACAUUUUCUUCCAAAAUUAAGAACAUGUUUUUUAAUAAAGGAAAGAAUGAUAAUAUACAACACACUCACGAUAGUGUUUAUAAAAAAAAAAUGAGUGAUAAUAGCUCAACUCUUUUUAAAAAUCAAAGAAUAAAAGAAAUAAAUACUGAAAAUUAUUUAACGUCAUUAAAUAAAGGAAAGGAGGGAAAUGAUAAUAAACAGUUAAUUGAGGAAAAUACUUUAAUUGAAUCAUCAAAUGAAUAUGUUAACAAAAAUAAAUUUGAUAUAAAUCAUGAUCAAAAUAGCUAUAAUAUAAGUGAUUUUAUGCAUUUAAACAAAACAAACAAAAAAAAAAUUUUUAUUGCGAAGAAAAAAAUACCUAGCGACGCAUGCCUAUACGAUACUUCUGAUUUAAUUUUAUUUGACAAAAAAAAUAAUAUAUACUUAAAUAUUAAAAAAGCUUGUGAUGAAAUUAUGGAACUCUCAAAUAUUUUAGCUAACCAACAACUAGAUAACAGGCUUCUAAAAAAAAGAAUAAAAAUAGACAAAGAAAAGAAAAAAAAUAUGAACAGUCAGAAAAUUAAAAAAUAUUCUGAACAAAUAACCUCGUGUAAACAAACUGAAAAAAAUACAAAAGAAAGUAAUGAAAUUACUAAUAUAUUUUCAAAAUUUUCUGAAGAGCAUAUGGAAAUAUUUGAUAAAGUUAAUUAUGACGAUAUUCAAUCGAAUAAAUCCAAAGACAAAAUUAUAUUAACACCUAUAUCGGAAUAUAUAUAUGACAAAUACAAAAAAUAUUUUAACAUGGGGAAGCCCGAUGAUACUACUGUCAUAAUUUCUAUUAUAAAAAAAAAUAAAUAUAUUUGA